UGGCUGCGUUCAUUGCAGAAGUUGGAUGCCACGUAGUUGGCAUUCCUAACAUGUAUUUAUUUUAAGUCCCUGUAUUUUUAGAGGUGAACUUUUGCAUUUUGUACUUUUUUAUUUUAUUUUAGUGAGUAACUCUUUUUCUAUCAGAAUGAAUAUUUUUCACAUUUGUUCGAUAUUGCCCUCACUUUUUGUGUUUGUCACUGGGGGUAAACUACCCGAGCCAGAGGUGAAGAUAGAAGUUAUACACAAACCCUUCAUGUGCUAUCGUAAGUCAAAAUACGGAGACAUGCUUCUUGUUCACUACGAUGGAUUCUUGGAGAGCAAUGGCACCAGGUUUCAUUCAAGCCGUAAUGAAGGAGAUAAGAAUCCAGUAUGGUUCACUCUUGGGAUCAAGGAGGUGCUCAAAGGUUGGGAUAAGGGUCUCAAAGACAUGUGCACAGGAGAGCGCAGAAAACUGACCGUCCCUCCAUCUCUGGCUUAUGGCAAGGAAGGAAAAGGCAAGAUCCCUCCUAGUAGUACCCUCGUUUUUGACAUCGAGCUCAUGGACAUCCAAAAUGGUCCGAGGUCACAUGAGUCUUUCCGGGACAUGGAUCUAAAUGAUGACUGGAAGCUCUCUCGACAGGAGGUGACGGAGUACCUGAAGAAAGAAUUUGAGAAACAUGGAUACUCGCCUAAUGAUACACAUCAUGAAGUGAUGGUGGAUGACAUCUUCAAAAAUGAGGAUGAGGAUAAAGAUGGUUUUAUAUCUGCAAGAGAAUUUACCUACCAGCACGAUGAGCUCUGAUUUCACCUGUUUUUUUUGUUUUUGUUAUCUACCAGAGUGUCUGUUUCCAUUUCAUCAGGACAUGACAAAACUUAAGGACACCACCGGGCUGUUUUCACAUGACAGUUGAACUGAAUUGUCUUACUUUUAGAAAAAACUAGACACACUACACUUGCUCAAUUGCUUUAGUUUAGUUGUUUAGUAAUUUUAUGAAAAUGAUAUCCACACAUUUUUACAUCUCCAUUCCUCAUGCACUGACAAUGUCACCACAGAUGUAUUAAGGCUGCAGUGUUGGCUUCUUUUUAAAUUAAAUUAUUUCAUUAGAUAUAUGUGAACGUUAAGUUUAUAUUUGUCUGUUAUCUUUGUAAUACAUGUGCUGUGAGUAGGGGCAUCAAAAGGAAUUCUGGGCCACAUGACAAAACAUCACUGCAGGCCCAAUAAGCCACAGCCCAAGCCAACCCCACACAGUUACUGUAACCACAACACCACGCACAUGAGCCAUUAAAAGCUUUAAAGAACAAAAACUCUUCGUUAAAUUGGGGAUCAAUGACCACAGAGACGAAAGUGUAUUAUUUUGUCAGCAUCACCUGAAGUCAUAUUUAUUUGAACAAACACCAGACAUUCACACCUUACCAUAUUAAGAAUGUAUAGAGAAGUACACUCAGAAGUACAACCGAUUGCUUUAUGCUCUCUGCUUGAAAAGUGAGUCUGUUCCUCACACUUUCAGGUCUGAGGAAGAGCAGUUUGAUUUGAAAUGUCACUUGUUAAUAAAUCCUUUAACAGGA